AUGGGCAACAGUGGCUCAGCCGUGAAGGUCUGCACGGAUCACCAAGGAGGCAUCAACUGGCUGAGCCUGAGCCCGGACGGCCAGCGCUUGCUCACGGGUAGCGAGGAUGGCACUGCGCGGCUCUGGAGCACCGCCGACAGCCAGUGCCAUGGACACUUCCAAGGACAUGAAAGUUACAUCACCUUUUGCCACUUAGAAAAUGAGGCUGCCUUCACGUGCAGCGCAGAUCAUACCAUUCGAAAGUGGGAUGUGAUGACAGGUCAGUGCCUGGCCAUUUACCGAGGACAUACAUCAAUUGUUAACAGGAUCCUGGUUGCCAAGGACUAUCUCUUUAGUGGCUCCUAUGACAGGACAGCUCGCUGUUGGAGUGUGGACAAGGAGAAACAAAUCCAGGAAUUCCGGGGCCAUCGGAACUGUGUCCUGACUCUAGCUCACUAUUCCUCCAGGGAUGUUCUUGAAGAAGAGGAGGAGGAAGAGGAGGAGGAGGAGAAAGUGAGCAGAGACCUCCUGGUGACAGGUAGCACAGACUGCACUGUUAAGGUCUGGUGGGUGUCCAGUGGGCGCUGUUACCAGACUCUACUGGGACACACUGGGGCUGUCUUAUGCCUUAUACUUGACGCACCAAACAGGGAGCUGUUUUCUGGCAGCACGGAUUAUACCAUUCGAACGUGGAAUAUUGUCACUGGUGAGCAGUUGAAAGUGUUCAAAGAGCAUCAAGGAUCAGUAAUUUGCCUAGAGCUAGUGAAUCGGCACUUGUAUUCAGGAAGCGCGGACAGGACAGUGAAGUGCUGGUUAGUAGACACUGGGGAGCGAAUCCAAACGUACAAGGCUCACAAACACAGCGUUAGCACUUUGAAAUACCACGCUGGGAUCUUGUUCACAGGAAGUGGUGAUGCCUGUGCAAGAGCUUUCAAUUCCAAGAGUGGUGUCCUGCAGAAGAUCUUCCGAGGACACAAGUUCAUCAUCAACUGCAUCCAGAUCCACAAUGAGUUGCUCUACACAGCUUCCCACGAUGGCACACUAAGGAUUUGGGACAUCCGGGGAAUAUGCAAGAGAAAUAAGCGGCGUUUGAAGAAGGAGAGGUCUGCCCAGGGCAGGAGCUCGCAGAAGGGAAGCCUGUCUCGUCUCUUCAACAAUAAAGUCGGCUGUAUGGUACAGCAAGAAAAUGGGGAACACGAGGCCGUUGAACUGAUGUGA